CACAGCGCCCCACAGCGAUCUGCUGAAGCGGCUGGAGUUUGGAGGACUGCAAACAAGUGUUUGGGUGCUUUUUAUCUGGGUGGUUGUGUUGGUUUCAGAAGCGCUGGUUAUCGGAUUAAACACGGUGCAGGACUGUGAUUCAGAUCAGAAGGAGGGGACUGCCUGUAUCUUGUGGGCGGCGCACAGAUUUUGGGGGUGGGUGUGGGAGCUGUAAAAACAUCCACCUCGCUGCUUUAGGAGCUGAACUUGAGCUCUGCCGCUUCAUGCUGCUGCUGGAACUGUGGAUUCUUAACUUUACGGAGUUUACAGAGGACUGAAGAUGGACGCGACCAACAGGAGCAUGGACCCGAGCUGCAGGCAGGAGCCGCCCCUGGCCAUAGACAUCAUUCUGCAGCUGGACAUUUUUGGGAUAGUCCUGUACUCUGUCCUGACCUUCAUGGCUGCAGUUUCUAUGCUUAUAUACAUUGAGGAGUGUAUCUACAUCUACAGAAAAAUACCCUCCCACAAGAAGAGCAUCAUCAUCUGGGUAAAUGGAGCGGCACCGGUAAUUGGUACAAUGUCCUGUUUGGGCAUGUGGAUACCAAGGGCCACGAUGUUCACAGACAUGACCUCAGCCACGUACUUUGCCAUUGUGGUGUUUAAAUUCCUCAUCCUGAUGAUCGAGGAGUGCGGUGGAGACGAAGCGUUUCUCAAACGCUCAGCGAAUAAGACCUUCAGGAUCAGCACUGGACCCUGCUGCUGCUGCUGCCCAUGCCUGCCAAACGUGCAAGUCAAUAGACGGUCUUUGUUCAUGCUGAAACUUGGAGCCUUCCAGUUUGCUAUCCUGAAGGUGGUCUUUACAAUCCUGUCCAUCAUCCUGUGGACCAAUGAGAACUAUGAUGUCGCUGACCUUCAGAUCACCGGUGCUGCUAUCUGGAUAAACCCUGGCGUGGGGAUCCUUACAAUCAUCGCUCUCUGGCCUGUUGCCAUUAUGUUCAUGCAUGUGCGCAACACAUUACGCAGCCUGAAAAUCAUUCCUAAGUAUGCCAUGUAUCAGUUGGUGCUAAUACUCAGUCAGUUGCAGUCUGCCAUCAUUAAUAUUCUGGCCAUGAAUGGAACCAUCGCCUGCUCCCCACCGUACUCCUCCCAGGCCAGGGGCUACUUGAUGAGUCAGCAGCUUCUGAUUUUAGAGAUGUUCAUCAUCACGCUCGUAACUCGGCUGUUGUACCGUCGUGAGUAUGAUCCCAUACCGGAUGAAGAGAGCGAUGAGGAGAAAAAGAUGGUUGUUCAUUCUGAAAGUCCAGCAACAACAGCAUGAAAAGAAGAAGUGGCUACUGUAAAUGUUACAUAAGUGGGUGAAGUGCUUUCAGGGCUAAUUCGCAGCACUACAGUGAACCACAGUGUUUGUCACCAAAUAAAUCGCAUAUUUUGUGCUUUUAAACUGUAUUCAUGUAUUUAUCCAUGAGUGUUUCUAGCAUCAGUGAUGUAAAACCUUUGAUACUCUUAUUUUCUGUUUUGGUCAGUUAAGUAAUUUCUUCUGUAUUAUCUCUCUGAUCAGGUAUGUCUGUAGCUUGUUAAAGUGUUUAGGGUAUGUGACCAUGACCCUGCACAUUAUAUACAUGUAAUGUUUUACCAAUAAUGCUACAAUGUUUGAUAUGUAUUAAUUCCAAAUGCUAUAUAAUAAAACAAUUCAGAAUUUGUAACUGGCUUACAUCCUUAAGAUAAUAAGACAAUACAAAUGCUGGCCGAUAUGUUAUCCUGAAAUGUUGAUUGUAUACGAGAUUUCCAAUGUUUCACCACAUUCAUCGGUUAUUUACUAAUAUGCAAAUUUCACUAAGAUUCUCAGUUGAAGAAAAUGUGAAACUUGCAUUACUGAAGCUCUCUUCCUACACAGAAAACAAAUAUACAGGCUUGAAUUUUUUAAUAAAUGAAAUGCAUUUUUAAAUACAUUUCAAAUGUAGUUUUUUUUAUUCACAAAUUGUAUUUUAAACAACUGCAGUAUGUUACGGAUUUUUUUUUCAUAUAUUUUCAAAUGUAUUUAUAAAUGCAUUUAUAAAUCUUACUUUUCCAUAUGGGAAUAGCUGUUAACAUAGUUCGUGUCAUAACUAAGAACAGUAGCAAGCUUAUGAAUCAACACUGGGAAAGAGGGAUGGAGUGAUAUACAAGAAAUACAUGAUAGUCAGAAGUAAAAGGAAAACACUGUAAAAAAAAUGUAAUAUAAAUAAAUUGUCUUUCAAAUAA